GCCUAGUUUACCGCAACAGGUUUUCUGGGUGUUGUGUUGUCCCAGUUCAAUAGAACGAAUUAGUUUUUACUUGUAAGAAUUUGUGAUAAUUAUACUUGUUGCUCGAUUUACUUCAAAGGAAAAAUGGCAAACGCAAUUUUUGCUGAAAUGGGCUUUGGUGAUAUAUACUCCGUUCCGAUGGCAAACGCUGAAAACCAAGCACUUGAAAAUGAGCUUCAGAUGAAACGAAAAGAGAAGUCUAACUUGGAUAACAAAAUCAGCCAACACCAAGAGACAAUCCAAGCCUUAUCAGAUUUUCUGAAAAACAUCAGACAGGAGCUGCUUCACACCCAGGCGCUCUCCGAGGCUGUGGAGAAGGAGGCAGAGUCUGAGGUGCAUUUCAAGGCCCUUGCAGAUAGAGAGAUGGGCUGCCUGCAGCAGGAAGCCACUCAGCUGGGGAAGGACAUUCAUCUGUUGAGGGAGAAAAAGAACACACUGGAGAGUGAAAUCCUCAGGGGCUCUCAGAAGCUGGAGAAGAUGAAGAACCAACUGAACUGGGAUCAGCAGACACUGGAUGACUGGCUGGAGGAAUUUGCACUGGAGGAUGAAGACACCAUGGUCCUGGUCAAAUACUGCCGUCAGGACGAGAGCAGAAUAAAGGGACUCACGCUGAAUAUUGACAAAACAACCGCGGAGAUCAACCAGAAAUACAAGGCCCUGGACAAGGAGUGGACCAAGACAAUGACGGCACAGGUGGCGCUGGAUAGGGUCACAGAAAAUUUCCACAGGGCCCACAGUGAGCGGCAAGAUCUCAUUCAUCAGUGGGAGAAUGCCAUUGAGCAGAUGCGCAAGAGAGAUGGCGAUUUGGAGCAGUGCAUCAUGUCUCUCUCUCAAGUGAAUCAGGACGUGAGACAGAGGCAGGAAGCGAUAGGAGAGAAGAAGAGACAGCUGGAAAUCCAGGAGAGCAACAACCAGGAGUGCGAGAAGAAGUUUACGGCCGCCAGGCUGCUGGCGAGCAAGCUGAGGGCGGAGUUUCGGGACAACGAGUUCCUGUGCGGUCAACUGAAGAGCGAGUUUGAAGGCUUAAGGAGCACUGUGGAGCAGGUGGCUACCAAAGUAGAUGCUAUGAGGUCGCAGCUGGCAAGCCAGAAUAAUGACAAGAAGGAUAAAAGCUUCAAGCUGAAAAAUGCCAAGCUCCUCAUCACAGCUCUGGAACAGAAAAUUAAGGAAGUGACAGAGUCAGCCAGCGGUGUGGAGGGAGCGGCUUCCAUGAUGGAGCGAAUGCUGGAGGAGGAGGAGCUGGCCAAUACCGAGCUGGAGUCUACGACGCAUCACCAUCACAGGAUGCUGUCACAGAAGAUACAGGACCUGCAGGCCCUGAAAGCCAAGGAGGAGAACUUAAUGGCCGAGAUCUCCAGGACCCAAGAUGUCCUCAGGAACCUGCUUCGUCACCUCAGGAACGCGGAGGACGACUACGUCAGAAACCAGGAGCUGAUUGAAAGCCAGGACUGCCAGAUCAAGGUGGUGAAGGAGAAGCUGAGGCGUCUGAAAGGAGUUCAGAAUUCUGAGGAAGACCACGCCUUUAGACUGGAGCUGUCUGCGUUGUCUAAGUCCAUAGAGGAGAAAAAGAGAACCACCAUAAUGCUGUCACAGCAGCUGAGAAGCUUGGAGGUGGAGAGUCGCUGCGUGAAGAAAACAGUAGAGAAGGUUGGAGCACAGAGGAGAGAUCUGACCUCCAAGCUUGUGGAAAUGGAGCUCUGUAAUGAGAUUGUUGAAAGGGAAUUGAAGAAGCUUAUUGCCAAAAAUCAGGAAUCCCUGGUGGAGGAUAACCUCUUGAAGUUGGACGCGAAACGGGUUCGAGAUCGGCUGCAGAGCGAGACUGAGCGCGUCAUCUCUCUGGAGAAACAGAGGAUGAAUCUAGAGGCAGCGAUGAAGGAGAAAGAGCUGGAGGUGGACUUUAACAGAGACGUGCUCCAAACGCAGGUGAAGAUAAGCAGCCAGGAAACCCAGCGUCUCAGAAUGGGGAUGAACGAAAACCUGAGUCGGAUCGACAAGAUGAAGACAAAAUAUGAGACCAUCGCAGUGCCUAUCAUGUCUGCUGAUGGAGAGGGAGAGCGGUCACUGGAAUAUUACAUGGUCCAGGCUGCUCAGGAGAGGGAGGAGCUCAAGCGCAAAGGCGACAAACUCGACAAAAAAGUCAGUAAGAAGGAGACGGAGAUCGAGGCCCUGGAGAACACCCUGCACGCCAUCAGCCGCAGAAGAGAGCACCGCAAGGUGUCCGGCGUGCUCAGCCUGUCCACUGAGGAUUAUCAAAAACAUCUGCAGCUCGAGGAGCAGAAGAGGGCUGUGGACGAGAAUUACAGCUUUAAAAUGAGGCAGAUAAGAGAACUCCAACAGGAUAUCGAUGGCAUGAACAACACACUUGAUAGCCUCCAUCAAGAGGAGGCCUCAUUAAAGGAACAGAGGGAUGAGAAUUGCAGAAAGAUCCUCACCCUGAACAAAGAACUGGAGACUCAGAAAGAAAAGCUGGAAAGGGUCACAAAGCAGUGCUCUAAACUGACUGGGGAUGUCCGGUCAUCCAAGAAGACCAAAAGCAAGACCAAAGAGGAAUAUGAAAUAGACCUCUGUCAGCUGAAUGACUUCAACAAAAUUGUGGAGAGGAUGCUGCUUGAGGCUAUGGAUGAUGACCCAGACCUGAGAUCUGUGCUGCAAAUGCAUUUUCAGGAGGUACCGUUUGCUUUCAGUAUCAGAACCCUGUUAAAGGGAAUCCAUGAAAGCCAGCGGCCCAGCUUGUGA